UUAUGGAAAAUAAUGAGCCUCUAUCGGUGUACUGGCGGGAUUCUAAUUGCUUUUGGCAUAAUAAGUAUGGUUUCUGGAAUUGUAGCAUUUUUUCCGGCUUUUAACUAUAAACCACUGUUCAUUGGAUGGAAUGUACGAAUAGCUUGUCCGAUCUGGAAUGGGGUUUUGACCUUUUCAGUUGGAAUUCUUACCCUUUUGGCUUAUCGAGACUGGACACAAAGAUCAUUGUGGGAAGCUACAUUUACCUUGAGUCUACUAAGUAUCAUUGGGACACCAAUUCAGUUAAUGGUGGCCAUUGCAUCCAUCCUUAUUGGUCCCUAUUGUUACUAUUCUUUCGCUGGGAUAUCAUCGACAAACUACAUUGGCUAUGCAAUUCAGUUUCCAUUUCCUUACACCAAGUUUGGGAACAUUUGUCAAGAUCCUAAGUCCUAUGAGGUCUUCCAUCUGGUCUUACAAAUAAUUGAUCUGAUUUCGAGCAUAGCCAUAUUCUGCUCAUCUUUGGCUUUAGCAAUCAGUCUCUCAGCCAGAAAAGUGAGGUCGGGGACCCUCAAUGUACGCUGAUAUACGAUCUCCUCUACCUUUCAGAAAAUAUCACAGGCUGUACUUUUAAACAGUUUCUGCAAGCAGCUAAUAAUGGAGAAAUAAACACCUGCUGUAGAGCUAUUGUGUAGAAACAUUGUCUGGUUUACCAUCUUCUGUGUUAUUUUCCAUCCUCCUUACAGUAAAUGCUGGAAAACCGCUUUUAUACAUGCCUACAAUGUUAAGGGUUAUAUUAACAAUACCAAAUCAACACUGACCCAGUCUGCAUCGAUCCGCUUUUGGAAAAGCAAUCACAUAAAAUCCAACAUUAACCACAUACAGCGGGCAGUAUAGCCAAACUCCAUGUUAUAAAUCAUAUACCAAAUAAUUAUUUUUUCUGGGUUUCAGAAAUCACUAAAGAGAUGGAUUAGCUAACAUAGGCAAUGGGAUUUGCUUAGGGUUUAUGCCUUAAAAUGGAUAUCUUGUGGUU